UCUGUUUGUGGUUUUUGCAAGAGCCUUCCUGUAAUGAAGGCACCAACACACUCUGAGGAUCAUUGCUUCAAUCAAGCCUGUCUGCAUCGAAUCUUCUUGUUUCAGGUACCCCGUGGAGCUUUAUUCUCAGGGACAACUACAGGAACUCUGGUUUUGAGACUACACAUAUCAAGCUGAAGAUAAAGGGACACAAGGAGAAUAUGAUAAAACAGGAGGUUAUGUCAUGGAGAUUUUCUAUUACAGGUUAUCCUUUAAAUGUGUCAUAUUAGUGUUAUUCAUAUGUCUUGUGUGGCUUAAUUAA